UGGGGGGUGACGAAAAUAUUACAAGUCAAACACAAAAUCUAAAAUGAAAAUUAAAAGAAAAUCUGCAACAACCGUCUCAACAUGAAAAAGAAGUGCAACCGAAUCAAGUCAAAAGACAUUCAAACAACUAAAUAACAAACCUGUAUGAUUGCAACACAGCUGCAGCAACUUAAGAAGUGAAAACAAGGAAAACCACCACCAGUAAACAAAUUCGUAACAAAACAAAAAUAAACAAAUUUCCACAAGCAAAUGAAAAAGUCUGGUGCUGUUGUUACAACGGAAACCUUUGAGUGAAUCAAUAAUUUAUUUAUAAAACAUUUUUUGUUUGCUUGUAUGUAAAGAAAUUUCAUAAAUAUAUAUAAAACAAAUAGUUAAUUGUUGCAUAAAGAUAGAGGAAAAAAAAAACAUGAGAAUUCGCCACAGUGAGGGGAGUAGUAACUACAGUACUACUGAUACCAGCAGCAGUGAUGAAGAUGCUCAACUAAAAAAAUUACAUGCACGUAUGUGCGGUAUUGGUCAUCAGAAAUACAAUGACAUCGUUCCCAGACCCCGUGCUUCACCCGGAUAUUGGCUCUGUUGUCUUUUACCAUUAGCCUUAGUCGUUGGCCACUACACCACAAUCAGAAAUCAAACACAAUGUCCAGACAUGCCGGUAAACUACAAAAUAGUCACAAUUAUUUCGGUGGCUUUAUGUAUACAGACAAUAAGUUUCUUUGUAUAUCUCAAUCUACAAGCCAAAUUGUACAAAUGGUUGAUUGUGUUUAUACCUUUCAUUUGUGGCACCGGUAUAUUUAAAGUAUUUUUAAAUGAAUCAUGGACCUGGUCUCUGCUCUGGACUCUAGCUGCUACCAUAUUCUACCAAAGAUGUUACAUACUUGUCAUGCGCUAUAUGCCCAUGAGUUUUACAUAUGGCGAAGCUUCGAUAUUAGUGCAGGGUAUUUUACUGUUUGCAAUAAAUUGUAUGUUGAUAUUGAAUGGGUGGUUGUGUGAGAAUGCACAUCAUGUUUUUGGUGACUUAGCUAAUUUAAAUGUUAUUAUGAUGUUUGCAUUACUUUGGCUUUUGGUUGUUUGCAUUUUAUUGGCAGUUUUUAAAUGUUUACGUCAACCUUUAUUGUUUUAUCCAUUAAUGGCGAUUUUUGCUCUUGGUGCUACUUUAUCACCGGUGACGAAGCCAUUACCAAUAGUUUUUCUAUUCAAAUUUAUAUUCAGAGACUCUAAAAGGCUCUACAUCAUACUUUUCUAUUUGGGUUUGGUGGCAGCAACAAUAUUUGUUAUCAGUUGGCAGUUGCGUCGUAAUACCAAACAAGCUUCGACUCGUGUUCGAAAAAUGUUUCAUUUACUAGUGGUGCUAGUUUAUGUACCGGGCCUUCUAUAUGAAUGCGCAUUUCUUUAUAUUGCAUCGGGAGUGGCACUAGCUCUUAUGGCUAUAUUUGAUCUCUUAAGAAUAUUACGCAUGCCACCAUUUGCAAGCAUUUUAGAAAGUGCCUUCCAUUCGUUUGCCGAUGAAAAAGAUGCCGGCGUUAUAGCAUUUACGCCAUUUUGUUUGUUGAUCGGUUGCUCGAUGCCCAUGUGGAUUCUACCCUGUCCUUGUUAUCGAAAUGACUAUGGAUUGAAUCCAAAACUGUUGCCAUUAUUUUCUGGUAUUUUAACUGUCGGCUUUGGUGAUACAGCGGCCAGUGUGAUUGGUUCGAAAUUUGGCCACACUAAGUGGAGAAAUAGUUCCCGUACAUUUGAGGGUUCCCUAGCCUAUAUUGUAGCCAUAUUAACACCAGUUGUCUUAUUAUGUCUACUCGACUUGAUGGCCUUGACUUCAGUGCAAUCCUUAAUUUUAAUUUUAGCCACCAUUAUAACGUGUCUUGUAGAGGCCCGCACUGAUCAAGUAGAUAAUUUAGUGUUGCCUUUAGUAUUUUAUAUUAUUGUUAGUUUAGUUUGAGUUUAUUCUAACUAUGCCUAUUCAUUAAUUAGAAAAUGUAUGUAUUUAAAUUUACAUUCCUAUUUGCCGUGUAAUACAAGACUUUGUUAUUGUUAUGAGAUUGUCUUUAAAGACUUUAUUUUACAUUUUGUUAAUUUUUAUUUAUUUAAUAAAAGAAAAAUUCUAUAUUUAAAAAAAAAAACUAAA